AUGAAGUUUGGCGACCACCUCGAAAGAGAGUCUGUUCCAGAAUGGAGUCUCCAUAACCUCGACUACAAUUCCAUCAAGCAUGAGAUUAAGAUGCACACGACGCGCGACCAGGCCACGGCUAUGGCCAUUCCUGGACAAAAAGAUGAGGCUCUUUCGCGAUUCGAGGAUGGCUUAUACAUGGAGCUCGAUCGUCAGCACGAAAGACUGCAGUUGUUUGUUUCAAGCAAAGCAGAUGAGAUUUCGCGCCGACUAGAAUACCUCGCCAAGAACAUCAAUCGUUGGGCAUCAAAGAACCAGGAACAACUCGCCGGUGAGUCUGCCAUCAAGCACCACAGACGCUUCACCAAGUACGAGCGCGAAUUGGUUCGUUGUGGCAGUGACAUUCAAUCCCUCGAGCGCUUCGUCAAGGCUCAGACUGUCGCCUUUCGCAAGAUCACCAAAAAAUACAAGAAAUGGACUGGCUCUACAACCCUCGGUAUUCGUCUCUAUGAGAACAUUCUCUCCGACCCCAAAAGUUUCACUCGCCGUGACUUUUCCUCCUUGAAACAACGUUAUGACGACAUCACAUGCACACUCAACGCUGCCGCUCCCGCUUUGAGCGAACCUAGCUCACCAGAAUCCCCAGCUCAGUCAUACCGACGUCAAUCUCUUUCGGGAUCUCUUAACUCGACAAAUCAUCACCCCACCAGCCGCGCUCAACCUACGUUCGAUUUCUUACCUCCACCGCAGAUAGAAGAACCUGCCAAAUACUGGAACGAAUAUGACGAUGGGAGUGAAUGUGCAGCAGAUGAUGAUGGAUAUGCUAUCUAUAUAAACCCAGAUGAAAGCAUUAGUUUCCCGGGACUCGACUACCUGCAGACUGUCCUCAAAGCACCCAUGAAGAAGGCAAGGGGUUGGUUCAAGCGCAGCAACGCCCGGGAGCGACAGUCUCUACUUGGUGCCAACCAUUCACCUUACCAAUACUCCAGCACGACCUUCAACAGCAGCGAGUCGGACGAGGAAGCGGGAUAUGCUAGCUCAGAUGGCUUCCCCGCGACUGGAUAUGCCACACACUAUGCCCUUCCCAGCCUAAAUCAACAGCAGGCACAUCUGUACCGUGAGAAGACCUUAUUUUGGGGCACGAUCAGCUCCUUUGCCGUGUCUUUUCUGCUCCUCCUUGUCGCAGGCACACUUAUUUCUACCGGUCGACACAGGCUCAGAGCUGAAGUUGACGCGGGCGUUACUGUUGGCGUUGUUGCGAGCUUGUUCACCGCCUGUAGUGCCCUCGGUAUGACGUUAUACCGGCACGACCGACUAUCAUUUCCACAUCUGCUGGCGGUUUGGACUACCUUCGUCGCAUCAUGUAUCCUCAAUGGCAUGCUGCUGAUUUUGGUUGUGGGAAACUCCCCGUAA